GCGAUUGGUAAUAAAGUGAGUGUGGACGAAAACUGUCAUGUACCUCUGGCUGACAAAGAGCGCAGUGCUGAUAUACAUAGGAUGUCGAGACGAAAAAAGUCAAGCAUACCAUGCAGCACAGACGACGUAUACACAUUACUGCAACAGCAGGCGGAAAAGGAUGACAUUGUGUACGUGGGAUGACCACGGCUUCAAAUGUGCAAAUGCCAAUACUCCCCCUCCACUCCCCCAUCAUUCUUCACACAACAGCAGCGCCUCCCCGGCUCGGCUCUUCCAGUGUGGCUGUGCUGGUCUGGUUGCGAAACAGCCGAUGCUGCCCGAUGCACGCCGUCCGCACCCACAAGGCACCGAUACACGAGCACCCCGCGGCCAUCACGAGGGCGGCACAAAUAAAUGCAACAGGGUGGUUGGCGCGAUCGGCCACCCGAUCGGCCACCCAGCCAGCAAACGGUGCGCCACCACAGCCGGCGAUACCGAUACCCAUAUACAGGAAGCCCAGGGCCCCUGGCAACCGAUGAGUGCCGAACAGCUGAGCCACCACAACAGGUGUCAGCGAGAUCCGGGCACCCCAUACGAUAAAGGUCGGCAGCACUGUGUGCGCAUACAUACACCGACACAUACGAUAAAGACACGCAUAUUUCCCUGCACAUACACAGACACCACCUACACGCACACACACGUACCUGCAUACAGACGUACGACUGAGCGUCAUACCCAUCUGUGUAUAGAUGCUUACACGUGUCAGAUGUGCGGACGGCUGUCUGACCGUCAGAGUGUCCACGUGAGAUCUGCACCUGCAUACAUGCACACAUCAACACACAGCGCGCACACGUGCGUACCCAUACACUGACGAAUGCGCCGCAUUCCUUCAGCUCACCCAUCACGAUGCAAUACACGCUCGACCAACACGAAACUCUCCAGCUGUGUAGACGAAGCCUGCGCACACACACGCAGACCCAUUCCCAGCAGAUGAGAUGCAUGGUCACACCCCCUGACCGGCACUCCUUCCCUCACCUCGAACCAGCCAGCAGGAUCAUGGCGCAUCGAAGAUCACGCACAGCAGCAGAGGAACGAAUGGCGAUCGAUGCGGACAAAGGGACACCUGCACACAUCGCACCAGCCGACACACAUACGAAUACCCACAGAUGUGGCCAUCGAUGCGUGUGUGAUACCUGUCAUGGUGGCGGACGAUCGACGACGGGCAGUUGUGUACACAUGAGUACACGCAUUUCUCCGCCUGCAUAGACACAUCGGCACACAGCGAACACAGACAGGCGCUCUCGGCGAGCGAUCGAGUGAGAGAACGCAGAACCCAUCGUUCACAGCGCACACAUACCGACACAUAGGCAGACGAAUGCCUCGCACCUGUGUCUGUGGGCACACAUACACAAACCGCAAUGCCCUCAAUCACACACACGUGUGCCGCACACGUAACGUACCUUAUCGAUGUGAGUCCGAUUCCUCUCCUUCGCCACGUACGUACGCGCACCUGAUACACAUCAUCAAGCCCUCGUGCGCCACACCUACUUCGCGCAGCACGAUGCAAAACACAUACACACCUCGUUCGCUCGCCUCAUCUCCUCUCGAUGACCAGCCUGAUGCACCCCUCGACGCAUAGGUGGACCCUGUACACACAGACAAGCAAAACAAACACAAACAAGAUGACCAGCGCGAUUUGCUUCGUUUACGAGUGGCGAUUGUUUCCUUCGUUUGGCGUUGGUUCAUCCCAUUGUUUUGACCCUCCUCUGCCCCUGUCAGUCACCUGCACAC